UGCAUUUGCGUGCUUUAUUUGGAGCUGCGGGACUAUGUGCUGAGGGCGGCGGGAUACGUGUUGUAAAAUCCCAGCCUGCGCUACCUUCUUUUUUUCCUUCGGUGGAGGCCAUGAUGGGAGCCUGAGAGUUCAGCUGGAGCGGCAGCGGAGAGAAAAGAAGAUGAUUCCCCGGGACCGAGCUGUCAAACCUGCCUCUGCGCGCUUUUAAUCCGCGUAUAGUCCGUAUACAUUCAAGGUGGAGCCUGUCACUCUUUUUCAGAUGUGUUCUCGGCGGUCGGUUGAUGACAAUGUUGAAUCGUUAGGAGGCUUUUGGAUCGAAAAAGGAGGUAGCGUUAGCUGCGCUAGCUAGCUAGUUAGCUAGCGAGCUAGCUACGUCUUUACGGGUUUCGAGAACCGGUGAGUUCCCCGCUCUUCUGCUGUCGAUCCCGGCAGCUGCCGCUGAGCCGUCAGCUUGGACCGUGUUCGGGAUCGAAGGGUGUUUCCGAGGACAACUGCAUGUAUUUUAUUCGGAGGGUGUUUGCAAGACUAAUUGCAGGAUUUGGGGAAAGUCGGGCCUGCGCGGAGGAGCACAGCAAGGCCCGUCUUUAUGAUCCAGAGGAAGCCCAUAUAAUCCCACCGACAGCUACUGCCAGCCCCGCUGGCUCUCUACGAGGACCUGCAGAAAUCCAGCCACCGAGAGCGGGGCCACACUGACUGCGACAUACACGCCACCAGACGGCCGAGACUCGAUAAACCUGUUUUUAUCAUUUACCACAUAUAGACUCCUGUCACCUGCCACAAUGGCUGGGAUUUUAAAAGAAAUGGUCAGCCGGAACAAAAGGAGAUACCAAGAGGAUGGUUUCGACUUGGACUUAACAUAUAUCUACCCAAACAUCAUUGCUAUGGGCUUCCCUGCAGAGAGACUUGAAGGCGUGUACAGAAACAAUAUAGACGAUGUAGUACGGUUUUUGGAUUCGAAGCAUAAAAACCAUUACAAAAUCUACAACCUCUGCGCAGAAAGACACUACGAUGCUGCCAAAUUUAACUGCAGAGUUGCACAGUACCCCUUCGAAGACCACAACCCUCCUCAGCUGGAGCUAAUUAAGCCGUUUUGUGAAGACCUGGACCAGUGGCUCAGCGAGGAUGACAAUCACGUGGCGGCCAUCCACUGUAAAGCCGGGAAGGGCCGCACCGGAGUCAUGAUCUGCGCUUAUCUCCUCCAUCGUGGCAAAUUCCUGGAGGCCCACGAAGCACUUGACUUUUACGGGGAAGUCAGAACAAGAGACAAGAAGGGAGUAACGAUCCCGAGCCAGCGCCGUUACGUCUACUACUACAGCUACCUACUGAAGAACCAGCUAGAGUACAAGCCGGUGGCGCUCCUCUUCCACAAAAUGGUGUUCGAGACUCUCCCCAUGUUCAGCGGGGGCACCUGCAGGGACAGUACCGUUAAAAACAGGAGCGAGCCGACCCCUCAGGGCUUCAAGAAAGGGAAUUGGCAUUGGGAUCCCCAGUUCGUGGUGUACCAGCUGAAAGUGAAGAUCCACACGUCGAACCCCGCUCACACGCGGCGCGAGGACAAGCACAUGUUUUUCGAAUUCCCCCAGCCGCUGCCAGUGUGCGGAGACAUCAAAGUGGAGUUCUUCCAUAAACAGAAUAAGAUGAUGAAGAAGGAUAAAAUGUUUCACUUCUGGGUGAACACCUUCUUCAUCCCCGGACCAGAGGAGAGUGCAGACAAGAUGGAGAACGGGGCGCUGAACAAUGCAGAGAGCCAGCAGAAAGGACCAGAACCAAUGACGGGCCAAGGCUCACAACGGGGCGACGGAGUCGCGGACAGCGACAGGGAUAGGGCCAAGGACAGCGACAGGGUCAAGGACGGCGACAGGGACAGGUUCAAGGACAGCGACAGGUUCAAGGACAGCGACAGGGACUACCUCAUCCUGACGCUCACUAAGAACGACUUAGACAAGGCCAACAAAGACAAAGCUAACCGAUACUUCUCGCCAAACUUCAAGGUGAAGUUGUAUUUUACGAAAACCGUGGAGGAGCCUUCGAAUUCUGAGGCUAGCACUUCGACAUCCGUCACCCCGGACGUUAGCGACAAUGAGCCAGACCAUUAUCGAUAUUCAGACACCACUGACUCUGAUCCGGAAAAUGAACCUUUUGAUGAAGAGCAGCACACGCAAAUCACGAAAGUGUGAACUCUUUUUAAAAACAGGAAAAGAAGAAAUUAUACACCAGAAAAAAAAAAGGAGAAAACUUGAAUAUGAACUCAAAAGAAGAACCUUUGUCCCUUCCCUCCCCCAGACGGCAAUAGAAUAUCACCAUGUCAAAUGCCAAUUUUAGGGAAAAAAGAUAAAUAUCCUGACCAAUAUAUUGUUUUUUAAGUUUAUUUUAUUUUUCUUUUUUCUUUGGCACGGCCAUGUACCAUGUGCGAGGUAUUGACACUGUUGCCCCAUGGGAAAAGGUGCUGUAGCUAUA